GGAUGUACAGGUUUAUAGCCUUCGCAUUAUUCAUCGGUGCCUCAUUUGGCCAAGAAUUUACCUUGGUUUUUGAAGACAAUUUCGACGAGUUGAACUUAGAGACAUGGCAACACGAGAUGACAGCUGGAGGCGGUGGUAAUUGGGAAUUUCAGUAUUACACGAAUAAUCGUUCUAAUAGUUACGUACGUGAUGGAAUUCUUUAUAUAAAACCGACAUUGACCGCUGAUUUGUACGGAGAAGAUUACCUCUAUACUGGCCGCCUUGACCUUUGGGGCGCAUCUCCCGCUGAUAUAUGUACCGGUAAUGCUUGGUAUGGAUGUGACAGAUUUGGCAACGCCAAUGAGAUAUUAAACCCCAUACAGUCCGCUCGACUGAGAACGGUAUUCAGUCAAACGCUAAGAUAUGGAAAAAUUGAGGUUCGUGCCAAGAUGCCCACUGGUGAUUGGUUGUGGCCAGCAAUAUGGAUGCUGCCGCAAAGAAAUCCGUAUGGUGGCUGGCCAGCAUCCGGUGAAAUCGACCUUGUUGAGUCACGUGGUAAUGUGAACUUAACAGAUCCCCUUGGUAACUCGGUAGGUGUGGACCAGAUGGGAUCGACAAUGCAUUGGGGUCCAUACUAUCCUCACAAUGGCGCACCCCUAACAACCACCACCAGAUAUGCAGAAAAUGGCACGUUUGGUACCCAUUUUCACGUAUAUGCCAUGGAGUGGAAUGAUAAAUAUCUUAGAUUCCUUUUGGAUGGUGAAGAAAUAAUGUUUGUCGAUCCAGGUGAUGGCGGUUUCUGGGAAUAUGGCGGCUGGCAUCAGUCGUUGCCAGGCGACGAUAAUCCUUGGGCUCAAGGAGACAAGUUGGCACCAUUUGAUAAACCUUUUUACAUCACUAUGAAUGUGGCAGUUGGUGGCACGACUGGUUACUGGGGUGAAAACCUAAUAAAUUCUCCUUGCCCUAAACCAUGGUCUAAUACUUCACCAUACGCUCCAAAGGAAUUCUGGGAGGAUAACGCAUGCUGGUAUCCAACAUGGCGCCCUGACGAGAACAAUGGCGAAUACGCCGCAUUGCAGGUCGAUUACGUUCGUUUGUACGAAAUCACCCCAACACAGUAAUAAACAAGACACAUUAAAAUGAAUGAAAUAUA